AUCAGCAUGUUUUAGUGUUUAUUGUCUGCUGUUUCUAGUUUUUUUUUCUUUAGUUUGGGCUCUAAUAAUAUAUAUCGAAAUUCAUCAUCCAACAUUUCAUUGCCAUGAAUACCGACGGUGAUUCGGUGACGAAUUCAUCCAAAUUUGCCGAAUUUAAAGACUUAACUGCUGAAGAAUUGAAAUGUAAAGCUAAUGAAUAUUUCAAAAGAAAAGAAUAUGAAGAUGCAAUCGAAUUGUAUUCGAUGGCCAUCGAAAAAGAUUCAAAUAAUGCAAUACUAUAUGGUAAUCGAAGUUUUGCUUAUCUUAAAACCGAAUGUUUUGGUUAUGCCUUUACUGAUGCUUCCCGUGCUAUCGAAAUCGAUAAGAAUUAUAUCAAAGGCUAUUAUAGGAGAGCCGAGGCCCAAAUGGCCAAUGGACGUUUCAAGCAAGCAUUAAAAGAUUUCGAAACUGUUGUUAAAUUUUGUCCAAACGAUAGGGAUGCCAAGAUUAAAUGUCAGGAAUGCAAAAAAAUUGUCAAUCAAAAAGCAUUCGAGAAAGCAAUCUCUGUGGAUACAUUAAAAAGAUCUGUGGCCGAAUCCAUUGAUUUUGAAUCGAUGACAAUCGAUGAUACGUAUGAUGGACCGAAAAUUGUUGAUGGAAAAAUUACAAAAGAGUUCGUUGAAGAACUAUUGGAUACAUUUAAAGAAGAGAAAAGAUUGCAUCGAAAGUAUGCUUACAAAUUGAUAUUGGAUGCACGAGAAUUAUUUUCUAAGUCAAAAACAUUAGUGGACAUUGAAAUACCGAAAGGAAAAAAAUUUACAGUCUGUGGUGAUAUUCAUGGGCAAUUCUAUGAUCUAUUAAACAUUUUCAAAUUAAAUGGCUAUCCCAGUGAAGAUAAUCCUUACCUUUUCAAUGGUGAUGUGGUCGAUCGAGGAUCAUUCUCGGUUGAAUGUAUUCUUGUUUUGUUUGCAUUCAAAAUUCUUUAUCCAAAUCAUUUGUUCAUAGCUCGUGGUAAUCAUGAAAGUGAAACUAUGAACAAAAUUUUCGGUUUUGAAGGUGAAGUCAAAGAAAAAUAUUCGAAGCAAAUGUAUGAUCUAUUCACCGAAGUCUUUGAAUGUCUUCCUUUGGCACACUGUUUGAACAAAAAAAUUCUGGUCAUGCAUGGAGGCCUUUUCAGCAAAGAUAAUGUUAAAUUAGACGAUAUACGCAAUUUUGAUCGAUUCAGACAGCCACCUGAAGAUGGUCUUAUGUGCGAUAUUUUAUGGUCCGAUCCAAUGCCUGCAGAAGGACGCCAACCAAGCAAACGAGGUGUUGGUUGUCAAUUUGGACCGGAUAUUACUGAAAACUUUCUCAAAUUGAAUAAUUUGGACUAUAUCAUCAGAAGUCAUGAAGUAAAAGAUAAUGGUUAUGAAGUGGCUCAUGGUGGUAAAUGUAUAACAGUUUUUUCCGCUCCCAACUAUUGCGAUCGUAUGGGCAAUCUUGGUGCAUUCAUCAAUUUCAAUGGAGGUGAUGAAUUGAUUCCAAAAUAUACAACCUUCAAAGAAGUGCCUCAUCCUGAUAAGAAACCGAUGUGCUAUUCUAGUAAUCUUUUUUCUAUGAUGUAAUUUAUUUUGUUCUAAUAAUAUAUUCAUCAUCACAUUCAUCGCUUCCGAUUCAUUCGACCAUUUUAAUAGUAAACUAAGAAAUUUUUUUUUUUAUAAAAAUUUAAAAGCAAUUUAAAUAAUCAAUUCAUGGCUAAUUACAUGAUUCGUUAUAAUCAAGUUUAUUAUUAUGAAUACAUACAUAAAUAUUAAUGUGAUAAUGUUGGAAACCAAGCGAACAUUAUAAUUGUCAUUUAUUUGAUCAUAAAAAAAAUUGAAUUUUUUUUAAUGAACAAUCUUUUUCUACACUUUUCAAUCUGAUGCUUGUGCUGAUAUUUAUAAAUACAAAUGAUUUUUUUUUUGUUAUAAUGAAUUCUCUUUUACUCAGGAUGUUUCUGCAUUCGGAAAUGAAUAAUAAAAAAAAAUUUUAAGCUCA